AUGACUGACGCCAGCAACCAAUCCACGACCCCAUCGAGCAAUGGCUUCCAGGUGCAGGGACUACUUCCAGAGCGACUUAUUGAAAGCUCAACAACUGAGCAUUUCGUACGCAAGCUCAAAGACGUGUACUCCACCCCUACGCAAGAGAAAUCCGGGGUCUCCCCUUUUCCCAUGACAUCGGCCUCUCGCGUAACAGAGUCUCAUGACACCAACUUUCAGUCCACGACAUCCGAUUACACCUACAUUCCUCUGGAAUAUGGCAAUAGCCAACCCAAGGUGCUCGUCAAACUUCCACCGCACUCAUACGCUCUCUACCUCAUAGGCCAGUUUGAGUCUUUCAUGGGAUUUGAUUAUCACUGGUAUCAAAAGAAGCGAUUUCGUGCUCGAAUCAAUGCCUUAUAUGAUCCAUCACAGUCGCAGGCAAUAGAACGAACAUGGCUUUGCUGUUUUUCUGUUGUGUUGGCUCUGGGAGAUUCAUAUAACGACAGUGUUGCCCCAUCAUUUUUGAUUGAUAAUAGAACAGGGUUCUCCACAGACGAUUCUGGCACAACGAAUUUGGAACAAUUACCCCCUCGGGGGAUCGAGUUCUUUAAACAAGGAUUGCUCCUUUUACGACCGUCUUACGAGGAGCCAACAAUAGAGCAAGUUGAGGCCCUGAAUCUCAUUACAUUUUAUUGCUACUCUCUCAAUCGACGAAAAACAGCGUACGCUUAUGCUGGGAUGGCUCUCCGAUUGGCUAUGCUUCUCGGCCUUUCAACGCCGCACAAUCAAAUGAGUCUGCUGGAGCAGGAACAUCGCAAACGCAUCUGGUGGACGACAAUUUGCAUGGAUAUAAUGACUUGCACAGAGUUAUCGUUGACACCAGCUGCUGCAUUCGAUGAGGACAGCAUCGAAUUUCCUGAUAAUUCUCAAUUAUCUGCGGAAGAUGUCGAAGAAUUCUCAGAUCCGCAGUAUCUUACCGCACAGGUCAAGCUUUGCAGUAUCAAAUAUCAAAUUAUCAAGAAGAUUUCUGAGCUACGUUUCGGAAAUGCCGUCGAGGCACACGCACUUAUUGAGCCUUGUCUACAAGCUUUGAAUAAUUGGAGACUGGAGUUCUCGCCAACUUUAGAAUUCACCUCGGAUGGAGGAUUUACGGACGGAACUCUGGCUUUCCCACCAAUGCGAACGAUCGCAUCCCUACUGCUCCGCUAUAACCAGUGUUUUAUACUUCUUCUUCGCCCGUUGUUGUUGAAACAGCUGCAUGACAUCAUCCAUGGACAAGUUGCCUUAGAACCUCGCAAUGAUCUCGCAAGCCUAAAUACACAGUGCUUGCAAGCCGCAAAGAAUAAUACCGCAAUCCAAUUUGCCCUGUCAAAAUGUCAUAAAAUUGCGAAAUUCGGAUUUUGGGAGUCCCUGCACAUAUUUUCCAGCCUCACUGUUCAUGUGAUCUCUGGCUUUUUGAAGGAGAAGCAGGCCGCUGCAUUCGCUAGUGCCUGGACCAAUGCCCCAUACAGCCCAGUCAGAAGUUUACUCGGGGAAAUGGCUCGAGUUGGCAAUGCAGCAUCGAAGGAUCAUGAAAAAAUGAUUCAAGACAUAGAGGAUCUAUUCACAGAAGCUCCUUCCAACACAGGUCUGACUGAGGGAAUCGAGGAUCCCGUAUAUUGGCCGGAAUAUGUCAACAUUGAAAGUAUGGGCUUUGAUUUCGAUGAGACGUUCCCGUCAUUUGGCUGGUCGUGA